GUUUCCUGGACCACUUCCAUCCUACUUAUUUUAAACAAAUAAAUACAAAAAAUGCUAUUUCUCCACCAACACACACACACACACACACACACAAUUUCAGGAGGGCAGAGGGCAUUAGGUAGGAUGAAACUGAGUUUAGUCCCUGUAGAUCCCAUAUAGUUUUUCCUUCUAACACAGUGAGGUUUUGAUCCUCCUUGUCACUACCUUACCGUGCAAAAUCCUGACUGCCAAGGCCAGAACCAGGCCACGAGUCAGGAUCACAUACUGCAACUAAUCCUUGGUACAGAUAACAUUUAUUGAGUGUCCAUUGCUUUCUGAAAGGCAUUAAAUUGAUACUCCUUAUCCUUACCUUAUGCUCUAGGUAGGCUAUUGCAUAUAUGCUACUGCUUUUAAGACGUGGGUAAAUUAAACAGAAUAAUCCCAAAACAGACCUUUCUCUUUGUAUCCUCCCAUAUGGCCCAGAGAAGUGCCUUACAUACCUGAACUAAAGGCAUAAAAAUUUCUAUGUUGUGCAUUAAAAAACACCACACUAUUCCUCACUUCUGAAGGCACUCUUUACCCUUGGGUAGUUUUACAAUAUAGCAGUUUAUCAAAGGUCACUACAGUGCCAUAAACUACUCCUUGGGAGUUAUGCUCCAUCAUUCACUCUGCUGCCCUGACUCUACCACUUUUAAAUUAGCUGAACAUCUUUCAUGACUCUUUUUACCCGCUAAAAAUAAUAGGCCAACAGUACCAAACUUCACCAAUACCCAACUCCCUCUCUGUUCUCAGCCAAAUAUGUCAUAAUAGAGUGGCUCCCUUGUGAUUAAACGUCUCCUUAGGCCAAAUGAAGAGAAGACCUUGUGGGGAAAUGCCAACCAAAACAUACACCAGAAGAUAAUAUCCGUAAAAGAUUGUGUAAAGGAAGAAAGAGUCUCAGAAGAUAAGUCCAGUGUUUAGAUACAGACACAGACUGGCAGUGAGCUACCCCAGAAGUGGAAAGUCUUCUCUUAGCCCAGGUCUCCGUAAGACUGGCCUCAAUCCUUCCACACCUCUUCUCACUACCUGAGUCUAGGUUGCACUAGCUCAUCAUCCAGUAUUAAUGAAGCAGUUCACAGCUGUAUUAACGAGGCAGUCACACAGAAGUGGACGUUGUACAGGAUCUGCAGAGACUCUCAUACCUAAAGUUUAAAAAUCAACCCUAAAAAGUAGAUACAACGUUCCUUAGGUUUGCUUUCAGCUUUUGAGGACUGGGCUCUCUAGGAUACAGAAAGCUUUAGAAGAGGGGAGCUGAAGGCUAAGUUAAGCCUGGAAACACAGGAAGAAAGAUUCGGGCACCCGAAAGGGAUCAGAAGUCAGAGCUCAAGUCGCCCCUCCAGCCGCAGGGGCCUGACCUUUGCCCCCUGCAUGCCUCCCAGUUCCCUCCCACAACAAUCUCUCCCUGUCUCAUUAUUCCCCCUGCGUCCUUAACCCACCCACGUCGUCCAACGUAAGGGCCCUCCUCCCCUCAUUCCCUAUGGUGAUGUCAGGGCGGCCUUCAAGACACUGGAACUCUAAGAAGAGACUUCGCUGACCUGUCAGCGGAUCCAAAAUGGCGGGGCCUAGUCCCAGGACCCGCAGCCGCUGCUCAUGUCCAGCCCAGGCCCCGAAGGCGUCUUUAAGCGACUCUCCCGGCUCUGGUGGCAGAUGGGAGAAGGGAAGGAGCCCGAUUCCUGGGAGUUGAGACCGAAGUCAGAGAGCGCACAGACUGCCAGGAAGACUCGGCCGGAACGAGCGGUGGAGCCGGCUACCUUCCCUGUCAGCUCACUGACGUGUUUAUCAAGCUGUGACUCCCAGCUCUGCUCCUCGUACUAAGCCUUGGACGCUCCUUACCUACCUGGAAAACAGGUUAACCCAGUCGUCCCUCUUUGCCCAGUGGUGUUGCUCUCAUGGCCUCUGGAAAACCCAUGAGCAUGGUUUGCAUUUCAAGAGCAUCUUGGGUAUGAAGUAAAAGGAGACUUCAGAGAACCCCUUUUUCUAGCUCUCAGUUCUAAGCCUUUUGAACUAUUUGGGAAGAACUACUACUCAAGGCUGCCACAGGUCUCAUCCAAGGGCAUCUCCCUUCUAUCAGAGCAUCACUAACUCCUGACCUCAGACCUGGAAGGGGAGAGUCCUCCCUCCAUGGAGUUUGGCCUGCUCAGCGAGGCGGAGGCCCGGAGCCCGGCCCUGUCGCUGUCAGAUGCGGGCACUCCCCACCCGCCACUCCCGGAACACGGCUGCAAGGGCCAGGAGCACAGCGACUCGGAAAAGGCCUCGGCCUCGCUGCCCGGCGGCUCCCCAGAAGACGGCUCGCUGAAGAAGAAGCAGCGGCGGCAGCGCACCCACUUCACCAGCCAGCAGCUGCAGGAGCUGGAGGCGACCUUCCAGAGGAACCGCUACCCCGACAUGAGUACGCGCGAAGAGAUCGCGGUGUGGACCAACCUCACCGAGGCCCGCGUGCGGGUGUGGUUCAAGAACCGGCGCGCCAAGUGGCGGAAGCGCGAGCGCAGCCAGCAAGCGGAGCUGUGCAAGGGCGGCUUCGCGGCGCCACUCGGGGGGCUGGUGCCGCCCUACGAGGAGGUGUACCCCGGCUACUCGUAUGGCAAUUGGCCACCCAAGGCGCUUGGCCCGCCGCUUGCUGCCAAGACCUUCCCGUUCGCCUUCAACUCGGUCAACGUGGGGCCUCUGGCCUCGCAGCCCGUCUUCUCGCCACCCAGCUCCAUCGCCGCCUCCAUGGUGCCCUCGGCCGCGGCCGCCCCGGGCACCGUGCCAGGGCCCGGGGCCCUGCAGGGCCUGGGCGGGGGGCCCCCCGGGCUGGCUCCGGCCGCAGUGUCCUCCGGGGCAGUGUCCUGCCCUUACGCUUCGGCCGCUGCUGCAGCCGCUGCAGCCGCCUCUUCCCCCUACGUAUAUCGGGACCCGUGUAACUCGAGUCUGGCCAGCCUGAGGCUCAAGGCCAAACAGCACGCCUCUUUCAGCUAUCCCGCCGUGCCCGGGCCGCCCCCGGCCGCCAACCUCAGUCCAUGCCAGUACGCCGUUGAACGGCCCGUAUGAAUGGCCCGGUCCGUCGACCAUCCCCGAGGGUGGGGCGAGAAUUUACAGACUCCCCGGACUGGGGUCGUCUUGACUGGCUUGCCCCUGCCCCGGGAUCUGAGAGGGGUGCUGGGGCAGCUCGGGGUGGGGGGGGAUGGUGGGUGGCCAGCUCAGGAGAGAGCCUUCCCCCUGCCGGCCCUGAGGGGUGGACUGGGCCCUAUACACCCUACACACAGUCCGCGCCCCUGGGACUAAGGCCAGGAACAGGGACCAGUUCCCCGGGGGCCAACUGACCCUUGGCCCACCCCGCCUUCUCCAGACUCCCCUCCCCCAUUUUCAAAGAUAAACGAAAUAAACGUGCGCCGACUGCCAAAGGCUUGAUGAUUCAGAGUUGCGGUUGAGCUCCCUCCCCUGUGGCUAAGGAAGAGCCUGGUGUACAGGAAUAAAGUGAGGGCCCGGGCUUCUAGGGCUUCAGUCCCCUCUCAGUUCCCAACACCAGGAUGGGGAAGCUGGGGGAUACCUGGAGCAGAGGGGCGCACCUGCGUGCAAAUAUGUAGGUGUGGCUUAGGGAACUAGCUACUUGGCUGGUGUCAGCCAAAGCUGGUGCUGCGGUGCCACCUCGUGGCCUCAUGGAGGAUAACUGGAAGGUCCAAUUUGGAACGCUUACUUGCCAAGUGUCAAUUCUGCAACUUAGGAAGCUUAUGACCUUAGAUAAGUUACACCACCUUUCUGCACCUGUUUCUCACUGUUCCUAUGAGGGGCUUGGGCCUCUAAUAGCAAUAAAAUUCUGGUCUGUAACAGACAUUUAUUAAGUGCCUAUCAGGCCUAGGAUUCUUAUUGAA